AUGGGUAGCAGAGUGGACGCGGCCGGAAAAGUGUGGCGGUUCCGGUACUCCUACUGGAAGCAGCCAGAGCUACGUGCUGACGAAGGGUGGAGCCGGUUCGUGAAGGAGAAGGGCUUGAAAGCCGGCGACAUUGUCAGCUUCCAGAGAUCCGCCGCCCGGCAUGAGCAGCAAUUGUACAUACAUGGACUCGAAGACCAGGACGGCGGCGGCAGUGAGGGUGGCGAUGGGUGUAAUGGGAAGAGGUCGGUGAGGGAGAUGGAGGUAGUGGCGUUUGAAUAUUGCAGUAAAAAACAGAGGUUCAUUGGAGCUUUGUAG